GGGCAUCGGAGUUCAGUCAGCUCGUCAACACAACCACAAUCGCCAACCACCAUCGUACAACGAUGAAGGUAUUCGUCAACAUUGUCCUUUUGGUCGCGGUGGUCCUCGCGGAACCGCCGAGAUACCGCCAGCAAUAUCAGCAACAGUACUACUUUGCCCGGCAGCAGGAGGAGGCCGCGCCUUAUCCCGCUUCCGGCUGGAAGCCAGCGGGACCAACUUUUAAUCUUCCUCAAAGACAAUCUCAACAGCAAUACGGAGCGCCGGAUGCGCCUCAGCAGCAGUAUGGAGCGCCGGACGAGCCUCAGAAGCGAUACGAAGCACCAAGUGCACCUCGGCAACAAUACGGAACGCCGGAUGUGCCUCAAAAACAAUACGGAGGGCCAAGUACGCCUGAACAACAAUACGGGGCGCCGACGGGUCCCCAGCGAGAAUACGGAAUACCGGAAGAAUCCACAACAACUGAGGCGCCUAACACCACCGAAGAGGAGGAGGUGUCCACCGUUCGAGGCAUCACUGAAUCAGAGUCCGAGCCCGUGAACGCGGUGAACGAGCUUGAGGACGAUGAUGUGGACGAGAAGCAACCUCAGCAAUCCGGAGAGUACUACGUGGCCCUUCCCGACGGUCGUCUCCAACGUGUGCAAUACAUUAGCCGCCAAAACGUCGAGGCCAUGAAGUACUUCGCCAAGAUCCGAGCCGAGAACGUGGAACCCCUUCGCGGACCGAUCUACGCGUACGCGCCCCUGCAGAAGCUGCAGAUCGUGCCGGCUGGCUUGCAAGUGUCCGUCGCCCCGGUCGCCCCGAUCGCCGCCGAGGUCGCACCUGCGGACGCCAGGCCGCAGAAACUCGAGAUCGAGCCUGUGGCCGCGCAGGUGCAAUACCAGUACGACAACCCCUCGAGCGUGGUGCCUCUGACCAACCCUCUGAGCAAUGCCUACACCACCUACAUGACGAAUUAUCAAUCACCGGCAGCCAAUAGCGAAUCCAGAUUCCUCCUCACCUUCCAGUGAAUCGGAAAUAACAUAAUUAAAGUUUUAAAAACCUUAAACUCGACACUACGACACCUUGUAAAUUGCAUUGUACAUGUCGCAUAGAUUAUUGAAUGUACUCGCAAUUAGUCUAAACUGACGAUGUAAUAAAGCUGAUGCUAACGAAA